GGUUCCUUUUUCAUGCUAAUCAGUGUUGUUAUUAUGAUAAAAAUGUGUAAAUGAAGCUUUGAGCAUUCCUUUUUAAAUCUUCAGAGCUCUCUAAAACCAGUACACAAAUAAAGACGAAAUGAUACACUUGCAUCCAUUUGAAUUUUAUCCUACGGUUGGUUCAAUCGGUUUGGAUAUAAAGCCGACUAAUGAAACACAGAAUGAGCAUGUAUAUGUAUGCUUUGAAGAUUCUCUAAGAGAUUACAAAAUUACAUGUAACUUUUUACAGCUCAGUAAAAAGAAAAAGGUGUUCUGGGUGGUGAACAAUACUCACUCCAACUGUACCCUGUAUAAUACAAUGGUAUCGAUGAAUUAUAUGUAUCAUAUGGAUGGAAUUAUUGUGAUUGCUGAUGAAAACCAUACUAAUGACCUCUUUAGCCUUUAUUCACACGAAUCUGAUAAAACUGUAUUAAGAAUCAAUCCUGAAGAUGCUGAAAUUCUCAAGAAAUACGACAUCUCUAAACAUUUCGCCGACUACAUCGACACCCUUAGAGUCGAGCUUCAAAGAAGCCACACUCGCGAAGAGCUAAAUGACAUCCUCUCCCACUACUACCUCAACCAAACCGAGGAAGAAUCCAACCUAUUAUCGUUUAGUUAUAAAGGAACAGGGAAUUGGUAUAGGAAUAGUGAGGGGAAUGAGGAUGAUAGCUUCCAUUUAAUGAAUGUUUAUACCGCACUUUUCCUGUUUUGGAUUCUGAUGGUGUGUAGAUGGUUUUAUUGUAAUAGACUUUGGUUCUUCAGAUAUCAUGUGUAUGAUGAGAGAACGCGAGAGAUGUAUAAUUUGCAAGUGAAUUUUCAUGGUGGGAGAGUGCUCUUCUUAUUCAUACUAAAAGGGAUCCAAUACUUGGAUUUAGCAGUUUUAAUUAUGAUCCAGUUAUUCCCUCAUGAGAGAGUUGUGUAUAUGAAGAACAGGUCAUCCUUUGAACUAACAAUGUGGACAGUUUUAUGCUUCAAACAUAUUUCAACAGGAUUGUUUCUCUCUAUAAUUUACAGUCUGAGCGAGGAAACCGCUUUUUCUUUGACUCACAGAAUGGAUCAGAACAAAUUCUUUAAUUCAAUGCAUGUGAUAAUGGUGUGCAUCUUGCCGAUGAUUAACAUCUUUGGUACAAUGUUUUCUUUCUUGUUGGUCUAUGAACUCCUCUACAUAUAUUUUGCUUUGGAAAUGUACAUCUUCAUCUGUAUUUUAAUAAACUGUGGACGCACAUUGUGGGAGAGAUGGAAUGAAGGAAGAAACUACAUUUUCAAUCUGCUUGUGACAAUAAUUCUCUGCUUCAGCAUCUAUAUUCCCAUGGAGUUGUCCAAUAGCUAUACAAGGGCUGCUCAACCAAGCCAGAAGAGUCUGAAAAGCCAGUGUGUCUUCGAGAUUUGUAUAGAGAUCAUCAUAUCUUUCUCUGUUUUAAUGUGCAUUGCCUUUCUUGACAAAGAUAAAAUCAUCACGUAUUAUAACGAACAAGAUGAAGAUAAUGAGAGACAUGAAGUGAGAGAACCACCCUUACCCAGAGUAGCAGAGCAUUUGAUAGUUACUCUUCCUUCAACAGACAUUCAAUACCAGAAAUCUACCUUAAAUGAGAAUUUAUUGAAGAAAAGCAAGGACCCUUGGAAAAGAGUUAAAUUUGAUGAAGAGAAGAAUGCUAAAAGAAAAUCAAACUCUCAAAAUAGUCCAAUAUUUGGCUCUUAUAAGACCAAUAAAGGAUGGGAAUCAACUAAAAUUAUCGAUAUGAAGGAGGGUAACCAAAAUAAUACUAUUGACUCUAAUGGAUCUCUCACACAGGAAAAUGAUACUAAAGUUCCUGUAGACAUGUUCAAUGACGCUUAUAAAUUAGACAAGCCAGUAUUACUGAAGAGACUAGACUCAAAUACUCUUCCAAAUAUUAUCAUAAAUCCAGAUUAUUUCUGAGAUAGAGAAAAUAUGAAAAAUCAAAGGAAAAGACAAUUCUCUGAAAUCCAGCUUCUUCUUGGAAGCUGAUAA